AAAAUUGUACUGUACAUCAUUUUAUAAAAAAUACGUAGUAAAUCAAUUUUACUACGGAGUACUUGCUGAAAGUGAAUUACUCCGUAAAAGGAUUUUGGAGCAUUUUAACGGGCACCCCUCCCUCUUUCUCUACUCCAUUGAAGCGUACUCUGAAUUCUCUAUUGAAGCGGUUAGUGAGCUUUCUCUCCUCCAUUGAAGCAGCUUCUCAGUUUAAGCCUUCAACUACUCAAAGAGGUGUUUGGCAAUGAUAAAAAGAUCCCUCAUUUUCUUUUUGGAAUGAAGUCAAUAUUAUGUUAGAGGCUUAUGGAGAGAUUUUGUUUAAAAAUGUGGAAAAGUUGGUGUGGAUGUCGAUCUUAGGAGAGAAAUUGAAGCUGGUUAGAGGAUAUUAAUCAAGAUUAGCUGUGUUUGUACUUCCCAAGAGGCAGCUCUUUUUAUUGUGAAGAAUUUUUCUUGCCUUUCCUAAUUCUCUGGUGGAAUAUGCAUUUCAUCAAGCAUUUAAGAAACUUACAUGUAAGGUCUAUUUUUGAAAAAAAGUACGUCUUGUCUCAAGCUUGCUGUCUGCAAACUGGAGUAUCUCAGAAUACCAAGCCUAAGAAGUACAAAUAUCCCUCGGUCUACGACCCAUAUGGAUCAAGACCAGCACCAUCGGAAAAAGUCAAUCAGUUAGCAGAGCAAAUUAUUACCCUAACUGCUGAAGAACGAGCUCAAAUUGGUCCAGCACUCAGAGAGAUUCUCAAACAUCCUAAAUUGGAGAAGAUUUCAACAGAAGGCUUAGACUUGGGUGCUGCAGCUGCUGGAACCAACACUCAGGCUGAGGAGAAAAAGGAAGAAAAAACUGCAUUCGACGUGAAGUUGGAGAAGUUUGAUGCUACUUCCAAACUUAAGGUGAUCAAGGAAGUCAGGGCAUUGACCAGUCUAGGACUGAAGGAAGCCAAAGAGCUAGUGGAAAAGGCACCAGUAGUACUUAAACAAGGGCUCACAAAAGAAGAGGCAGAAGGCAUAAUUGAGAAAAUAAAGGCUGCUGGAGGAGCUGCAAUAAUGGAGUAAAACAGAACGAAGACAGAAAGCAAAACCCAUUAAGAAAAAGGAUAGGUUUCAGGAGCUUCUGGUGUUUUUUACGCUUCUAAUAGACAACAAUUAUUCCGGCUACUACGAGAAAUGAAGAGAUUAAUAGUUUGGCAUAUUUUUCGAUGGGAUUUUGAUGUUGGUUAGUUGUGCUGUAACUGGGAUUCUCUUCUAAGUUCUGAAUAUUAUUGAUAUUUUUGGUCCAACAACUCUGUCUUUAACAAUAAGAAAUAAGAACUAGGAAGAAAAUAUCGAAUCAGUACCCUUGAGAAAUGAGAACAGGUUUGGCACUUCUUAGUUUUUUGGUCCAACAAGUGCUCCAAUAUUAUUAUGAAUUUAUGAUUUAA